GUUUUAGGGGCGGCAGAGGUGGUGGUGGUGGUAGAGGAGGCGGCUUUGGGAACCGAUGGCAGGAUCAAGGACCCCCAGAGGAAGUGAUGGAAAUUGGCUUCAUGACACACACUUGUGAAGAAGAUUUGGUCUGCAAGAGUGUCAGUGACAAGAUUCCAUACUUUAAUGCUCCCAUCUACCUGCAAAACAAACAACAGAUUGGAAAAGUUGAUGAAAUAUUUGGCCCCAUUAAGGACUUUUACUUCUCUGUCAAGUUAUCAGACAACAUGAAGGCAACAUCGUUUGACAAAUUAGCCAAGUUUUACAUUGAUCCAGCCAAAUUGUUGCCACUUGCAAGGUUCCUGCCAGGGCCACGGGGAGCAGGCAAAAGAGGUGGCAGAGGAGGUGGUGACAGAGGCCGAGGUAGAGGAGGGUUUGACCGGGGCCGAGGAGGUUUCAGCAGAGGUGGACGAGGUGGAUUUGACAGGGGCCGAGGGGGGCGAGGUGGUUUUGAUAGGGGUAGGGGAGGUGGUGGUUUCAGGGGGAACAGGGGCGGAGGAUUUCGAGGCAGGGGAGGGUUUUAG